AUGUCAAGCAAUGCAUCAUCAUCAUCAUCACCCGAUAUUAAUAUCAAACAACAAAUUCUCCAAUUAUUGGAUGCAUCAGACACGGGUGGAGAUUAUUGUACUGGUGGAAAAUUGAGUGUGGAUUAUUCUGUACCUGCCAUUGAGAUUUUACAACCGAAUGAUGGUACCUACAAGCCAUUGCCUCUCCCGAUCAAAAUCAUGGCAAUUAGAUCCAAUAACUUUAGAAUUAUCAAUCCAAAAUGGAAUAACUUGAUUACUGACUUGGUGAAUACCAAUGUCAAGAAGGAGUUGGGAAUUGGUCCAGAAAAAACAAUUACAUUUUCACUGUACAAAAUGUUAUUGUAUGAACCAGGAGGAUUCUUUGAUUUUCACAGAGACUCCGAGAAGGAAGAUGGAAUGAUUGCAACAUUGGUGGUUCAAUUGCCAAGUUCAUUCACAGGAGGUGAAAUUAUUGUGAGACACAAUGAAAGAGAGAAGAAAUUUGAUUGUCACCAUGAACAACCUAUAAUGCAUAUUAUAUUGGCUUUAAUCUACAAUUUGAAAUAUUCUGGCUCUGAUAAGAUUGCCGUUGUAGAUAGCAGUCAUCAAGUUCAGACUCUUGAGAAGAUUAUCGAGUCUUGGUUACAGGCACCAAUGUAUUCAAAACUUUGCUACAUCUUGCAACACAAAUAUUCGACAGUCGGCUUGAGUCCAACAUUACUGAAAGGAAAGGAUGAAACUGCUUUUCAACUUUUUCAAAAAAUCAAAUCGGUCAAGCUUGAGCACAGCAUUGACGAAACCACACUCGUGUACACAGCUCAAAUUUCUUCACAGGAAAACAAUCAACGUUUAGCAUUGGUUGAGGACGAAAUAUUUCCUGAUCCUUUGAGAAAAUCCAUGACGCUGACUGCAAGAGAUAUUGAACACACAGGUAAUGAGGGAACUACCAUUGAAAGAUCAUACAAAAGUGCCUGUCUACUGAUUUGUCCAACCGAAUUGAAACCUCUAUUGGAUCUUUCUAGCCGAGAGUAUUUGGAACCUCUCUUUCAGGCGUAUAGCAGCAAUCCAACCGAACAUAACAAACGGCUACUGAUGGCUUAUACCUCUUCGAAACUUACUUGGUCAGUAGAUACUGAUCGUGAAACACUGUAUUUGGAGAAUGCCGAAUUACUGACCCAGUGUUGCCUUGCACUUUCAUACUUGCCACUUAGUUUGAAAUGUGUGGAAAGAUUAUGGAUGAAAACAGGCUUGGAAGAGAAAUCUCGAGUGGAUGGUGUUGUGAAACUGAUCAAGAAUCAUGGUAUUGAACACUUCAAGCCAUUGUUUGAAAAAUAUAUCCGACAAUGCUUCAAAUGGAGCUAUAAAUUUGCCAAAGACAUUAAAGCUAUUGGCUCCCUCGUUGUACAGUUGGAAGAUCCCACAUGGGUCGAUGUUUUUAUCACCAAUUUACCCUCUGCCAAGACCAUUUCAUCGGUUGAAUCAGAGGCACUCAUUGGUCUGGCUCUAGUUAAAGAAAAGUUUCCUUCCACUACAGAAAGGAUUGACAAGUUGAUUCAUGAUUAUUUGCGAUCAUCUCUGGCACAGAGAUACCAUCCAAAUUUUUCUCCAGAAGCAAUCAUCAAAUUGAAUAUGGUGGAAUUGUGUCCAAUGGUAUUUAAAUCUUUUUGUUCUUCUCACCCUAUGAAAAUGGAGGAUGUUGACAAGUGCUUGUUACUGAUAAGACAUUUUGGAUGUGAAAAAACAGAUCCAUUUCUAAGUAAGGCCUUUUCGAAAACAACUGGAUCACAAUUACCAAAAUUGAUCAAAGUUUUGGAACAAUUGAUCACUAAAGAUGGAAAGGAAGAGCAAUUUCUAGCUUCCAAAAUGGUUGACACUCUUUUGGAAAGUAAGGACGAUCAUGUCGAUGCCGUAAUCCAAUUAUUGACAUUUUUUAGAAAGAAACAUCCAACGAGGGAAGUUGAAAUUGUGAAAAACAUUAUUGAAAAACGAAAUUAUUCUGCAAAACAAAUCGUGGAUUUAAUUCAAGGAUUGGCUAAGGAGAAUGGUACGAAUUGCUUUUGGACAGGUUCAGGAUUUCGAUUACUUUUGGAACAUGGAUACAAGUUGUUACAAAAUGCAGCUUCAACUUCUCCAGAGGCUGUCCUUGCAUUGAAUUUGGGUGGAAAUAACAAGUGGAUAUUCAAACACGUCAACAUGUUAUGCUCAUGUGAAGAUUGUAGCAAGGUUCAAACAUUUCUACAUUCUACGAACCAAGUUUUGGAUUUGAAGGAACGAAAAAACAAAAGAGAGCAUGUGGAGAAAAACUUGCCAAAUAUUGUGGAUCUUCAAAAACAAACAAUUACGACAGGAUCUCCACAAACAUUAAGAAUUACAAAAGUACUAAACAGUGCAGAGGUCAAGAAAUCCUUGAUCACGGAAAUGCAAAAGAUUAUGAAAGAAUUUGUUCAAUAUGCUACGUUAUCGAAUCAGUCCCCUAACACCAUACCAGCAGCUUCAUCAUCUAGCGAGCAUGAACCACCAACAAAGAAAAUCAAACAAGAACAACAACAAUAA